AUUCCAGGAUCACCAUCUAGGUAAUUCAUCUCGGUAUGCUAUCCUAGGCCUUUCUUUGACCUACCUCAUUUACUAUAAACCUCUGCGCUUAUUUCGUCCGGCUGGCUGGUCUUCCGGCAGGCCUUCGAUUCCUCCUCAUUAUUAACUCGGUCGAAGCAACCCAAGGUCGACCGACGGCCAUCAGAAUCAACCUUUGAAACACACCCCGCAUCCGACCGCCUCAGCCUCAGCCUCAGCCUGAGACAACCUGCGGCCUCGAGUCAGCCCAUUCUCUUUCCUACAGCCCUCGAGGACGGCGCAUCGCCCGGCGUCAUGAGCGUACCUGGGCACCAGGGUAGGCCGGAGGGCGAGAUGUUUCUCAAUCGUCCCUCCGAUCGAGACUCGCCCACCAUCGUUGAGCCGCUGCGCAUCAAUAAGAGAACCGCGAGUGCAUCGUCCAGCGUAUCCUCGGCUGCUGGCAAGCAGAGUCCUGCGCCUCAGCAACCCUCGCAGUCCACGACAGUCUACCCUAUGCCAUCGUUACCCUACCCUGACGAACGAUCUCGACAGCAGGCUCAGUCCUCACGUACUAAUGGCAACCCCGCAUCGAAUCCAUAUCCUUACCCUGAUGUGAGAAGAGUGACAUCGCCAGAGCAAACUGGCUCACGAAAGCCUGGUCAGAGAAGAACGUCAGGAGGUGGACAGACAUUAGCUGAGCGUCGGGGGACGAUGCCCAAGCCUUUGCCCGAGUCACCGGGUCCAGAUGCGCCAGACAAGGAGGGCUUGUUCCAGCGUCCACCACAACGUGGAGAUGGUCCUGCUACUGCGCCGCUGCCUGGCUCCCAGAAUCAGAGCGGCCAACAAUACUGGCCUCCUCCGUCUACAUCCUCGGCAGCUGAUGCGUUGAGCAGGCUGAAAAUCAGAGACCCAGAGUCUAUCAAUCGCAUCAGCUCGACUGCCUCAACCUCGACAACGAGAGCUCAACGCGGAUCCCCUCCGCCGCCGGAAACGCCUAUCGUUGGGCCUGCUGCACGUCCACAGACCGACAUCGAGGCUCGAUAUGCGGCGUCUGGCAUCGCUGGCGCGGCUACUCUGAAUAGUCUACAAGCACAGAGUUUGGCUGCACAGCAGAGAGCAGCUCAAUAUGGUGCGCCUGCUCAACAACAAAGUAGUGACCAACCUAGACGCCCGUGGACACCGACAGAAGCCCCUGGUAGCAGUCCGCAUCCGCCGCCUACAGUGUAUCAAGGCAUGGGAAUUGUGCAGUCAUCUCCACCAACCGCCGCAGCUGCUCCAGUGGUUCAACCCACAGUCUCCUCUCCGAACCGCGCACCGCAUCCUGUAGAAAAUGAGAUAUCAAGGCUCCAGCCUCAUGAGGAACCACCACCAGCUUAUUCUCAAGUUUCCGGGCCGAAUGGCCGCCGACCGGCUGAGAAGCAACGACAAAGUGUGGUCGGAGCAGGAGUACCAGCCACGGGUACCCCAGCUCCUGUGCCGGUCGCCCAGACGAAUACUGCACCAGGUGCACAAGUCCCGAAUCAGCAGGAUCAUCCAGCCUUUGCCAAUGACCCAAGACAAAACAAUCACAGUCCUGCUUCCAUGGCCGCCGUUAAUGGUCAAGCCCAACAGACCCAGCAGCCAACGCAGCAAAUGCCGGCGCAAAUCCCCCCAGCAUCUCCUCCACCACUUCCAGAAGGUUGGAUCGCGCAUCUCGACCCAAAUUCUGGACAGUAUUACUAUAUACACUUGCCCACACAGGCCACUCAGUGGGAGUUUCCGAAAGGGCCGACCCCACUGAACCUACAUGAGACUCCUCUAUCGCCCGUAGGUAGUGUGUACCAAAAUCCUCUCGCUUCCCCGGGCCUUUCUUUCAGUCAGAAACCACUUGCGUCACCUGGUCUACCGGUGACACCAGGCUACGAUCAGCAAAGCGUCAUGAGUUUGUCGAAUCCGGCAUCAUUCACGGGUCCACCUCCGACCAGCGGCAUCGACAUAUACAAAGUCGUGGCCACAAAUGGUGUCUACUUUGGUCCGUAUCUGCGAUAUACCAACAUGGACAUAGGGGGGGGGAUAUGGUACGGCUCGAUAUUACUUGUGACUGACGCUCCCCAACCACCUACGAUCCACAUCCACCAAAGUCUUGACCUGUCUCCGAAUCCACGACAGCUCAAAGCCGCCAAUAUCUCGCAGCACCAACGAUGGACAUUCUACAAGUAUGAGAUUGAUCUCCAGAUGGACGAAUCCGGACCGGCAAAGUGGACGUAUGCAAUCACUUCCCACCUUGGUUGUACACGUUAUGAGUUCUUGGUCGCUGGCAAACACGAGACAAAUUGGCGUUUCAUCGCAACGUCGGGCAACGACUUUACUCUUAAUGUCAGCGCCAACGAGCGUGCGCGGCUAGGUGGUGUCGGCUUCAUGUGGAAGGAUAUCAUGCAGAAGCAUGCCGAGUGCGGUGGUUUUCACUGCCAGCUGGGGCUCGGGAGUCAGAUUUACGCUGACCGAAUGUGGAAGGAGAUUGCGUCGCUGAAACAAUGGUUGGCGACGAGUGGCAAGGAGAACAGGAAGAAUGCAGUGUGGACAGCUGCACAUGAGGAGGAUGUGACACAUGCAUAUUUUCAUUAUUACACCAGUCACUUCGACCAACCUUACCUGCGAGAAGCUUUUGCCCAGAUCCCGCAUGUUCUCACACUUGAUGAUCAUGAUAUAUUUGACGGAUUCGGAUCUUAUCCUGAAUAUAUGCAAUUCAGCAAUAUGUUCAAGAACAUUGGACGAAUAGGUAUUGAAAUGUACCUGCUGUUCCAGCACCACACGACUCUCGAGCUCUUGCGCAAUGUAUCAGACGAUCGCGAUUUGUUCACCAUCACCGGCACUGGCUGGCAUUUUGUGAAAUUCCUGGGACCUGCUGUCGCCGUGGUGGGUCCAGAUACCAGAAGCGAACGCAACCCUCAUCAAGUCAUGGCUGGACCAACGUACCAAGGACUGUUUCCCAAAAUUGCGCUACUCCCACAGACGAUACAGCAUUGUAUGCUCAUGAUCCCGGUGCCGUUGAUUUAUCCUCGAUUAGAUGCGGCCGAGCAAAUCGCCCACACCAUGGCCACGGGGAAGAAGGCCGUAACUGGAGCAUACAAUGUCCUUGGCAAAGUCACCAGUUCCGUCGCGGGUGUAGUUGGGGCCAAAGGCGCGGUCGGUUCGGGAUUUGAUUCGGUCAAGCGUGCUGUUGGCAAAUCUGGACUCAUGGGUGGCAUCUUGAACCCUUUUGGAGAUAUCGACGUACUUGAUGAACUCAAGGACCAGUGGACGCACGAGUCAAAGGAUCUUGAGCGGACCUACCUCAUUCGUACUCUCCAAGGUAUAUCCCAUCAGCGUUCCAUCCGUAUGACAUUUAUCUCGGGCGCCGUCAACACGUGUGGAGCUGGAUUGGUACACGAUCCGUCACAUCCGUCCGACCACAAGACCAUGUACCAACUGAUCUCGUCGUCGGUCGUCAACACGCCGCCGCCCGGCUAUGUCAUGAAACUACUGAACAACAACAAACCACUCUACAUUCCUCCGAACGGCCAACGGUCGACUCCUUCGCAACCCACAGACACGAAGGAGGACAUGAUGGAGAUCUUUACGCACGACGUGACGGGUCAGGGUGUGAACAACCGCAAGCUCAUGGCUCGCAGGAACUACGUUGCCAUCGUCGUCUACGAUCCGGAAAUCGUCAAUGGCACCUUUGGCAGUACGGGAAUGCAUCGGGGUGGUGGCAGGUUGAGUCUUGCCACGGACUUUCUCGUCCAAGGAGAGGGAGCAUAUGGAAACGUGGUCAAGUAUGGACCGGUUGUGGUACCUAGUCUUGAGUUUGGAAGAUAGAGACUGGACGAGACGUGUCAAGGAGGGUUCGAAACUUGAUGGCGGGAGUUUUGCAUAGCGGAUGGUGCUGCUUUUGGGUUGUUUAAUGAUAUAAAGUAUAGCAUUCAUUUAAAUUUUCGGAUGAAGAU